AGGGGAACUGGCAGCUAUUACAGAGGAUAUAUUAAACCACCUGAGAGAUUUAUUAGUACCCACCUGUCAGGGGGACUCAGGGUGCUAUAUCAAAAGCUUGAAGAAAAAAACAAGGCUUGUGUAAGGAAGAAACUCUACUGCUCAGAGCGGCUACAAUACCAAAAGGUUUAGUAUGAUUCUACUGUGCUGCCAAUUUCACUGCCAUUCUCCUAAGAUCUAUUGAGUUAACAGGGAGACUCAUCAUCGGCUGAUUCAUUUACUGGGUGUAUUUUGGUACAUAUUACUUGUACAACUCUUUACACUUAUUUGAAAAGAGGCAAACAAUAAAAAAAGUAUUUGAAUGUGCAAAUAAGUCAAACCUCUCAAUAGAAGACUAGGAAAAAAUCUUUUCCAUUAUGGGGGGAAAUCAAGUGUGGAAUUUUUCUUGCAUACUGUACAGACGCCAGACAAGUCAUGUUUCAAUCUAAUCCCAAAGAAUAAGUGGAUGAUAGAUUUUUUUAUUUUUUUAUUUUGAUCAUGAGGACAGUUGAUAUAUUAUUGCACAUCAGCCCAUGACUCUGCAGCCUAGUUUUGAUUUGCUUUAUGUAAAAAUCAACAUGGGAGAACCAGAAUGUGUACACAGACUAGCUGUGUUGACAUUUUUAUUUAAUUUUUUUCCUUUUUUGCUCCAGUACUAGCAUCACAGACUGGCAAAGAUGGCAAAUUCAAGCCUUGUUAUCCAGGUAACUUCUCUGUUUCAGUUCAGUAGCUGCAUCAAUUACACUGAAGAUUUCCAAUCACUAUAUAAAAGCAUCAGUUUCUGUAAAGCUUGAAUUCAAAAUCUAAAAACAGUGAAUUAAAAAAGGUUUUUAAGUAUGUAUAGCUUGAACUAAAGAAAAUAAUAUGAUACAAAAAUAAAUUGUUAUGGCAAAAUGUAUCAAAUGAAUACAUUUUUUUUUUCAAUUUUAAUUGCUAUUGAUUUCUUCUUUAUAAUUUUCUUUCUGGUAGUUCCAUUACUUGCUGGAAGAUACAAAUUUAUUCAAGUUAUUGGUGAAGGGGAAUCAUCGCUCUUGAUUUCAGCAGAGGUAAGGCAUACAAAAUACACAUACAGACUGGAAAUUAUGGUUUUUAAUUACUGUAACUGUCUCUGGAAAAUACCAGUACCUCCUGUUAUACCUGUCAACUUUAUACCUACAUUUAUAUGAAUUUUUUUUCCGAAAGUGUUGUAAAACAUCAUUUUUGAAGAACCUAUUAAUUACUUUCAGCAUAUGGUUAAAAACUUGCCUCUUAACCCUUCAACUCCUAGAAAUGAUCAAAAAGUAACUUCUCCCUUCAAUAUCUUUACAUUAUAUAGCAAACAGGUAAUGAGAUACUCAAACUGAUCAGGAAGAAGUUGUUGUCUCGAUCUAACACCAAAUUCUAGUAAUAGUUUAAUAGAAAAGAUGCAGCAACUAGAGGGGAGAAUUAACAAUCUGAUCUAAGGAGUUAAAUGGGAAAAGACAUUCAAAGGUGUUUGAAAUGCAAUUCAGAGGUGUAUCAUAUGUUUCAAUUAAGAUAACCUCUUCCACAGCUGCAAAGGCCCAUAUUCUUUCUAGAAACAGACCAAAACAUUUGAAACCCAAGGGGCUGUGUUGCUUAAUUCCAAUCUCAGCUUCUAUUACAGACAAUAUUUUGUGAUGAAACUUAUUUUGUGAUUGGAUAAAAACUGUUCAGUUCACUCAGUAUGCUUGUAUAUUUAUCAAAGCUAACAUUCAUGUAAUUUUCUUUGUAAAGGAUACAUACCAUUUUGAAAAGAAGCAAGUUGCUAUAAAAAUAUUGAAUUUGGAUUAUUCCAGACUUGGAGCUCAGGUACACUGUAUCUGUCUAUAGAGUUUAAUAUGCAUGCAGCUGUAAGUGAUAAGGUACAUUUCAGACAAGCAAGCUACAAAUGAAUCUGUUAUUUGCAGAGCUGAGAGUGCUACUGAAACUGUAACUGCUGAAAAGAGCUUGCAUGCAAGCAUGUGUACCUUUGACAUGAAGUGUACAUUGUCAGUGGAAAUUGUUCAAGAUGAAGAGUGCAUGUACAUGCAAAUAUCUUUGGGCUAAUUUCUUACAAGGUAAAUUAGAUUAACUUACUAUCCACUUUGUAUUACAUGAGUUUACUUUUUAUUUAAAAACUGUUGUAGGAGGCAGAUUGCAUUCAACAGCUCAACAAGGCUGAUCCUCUCCAUGUUUCCAGAACUGUCCAGUUGUUUGUAAGUCAUGAAUGUACGAUCCCUUUUGAGUACUGAAUCACAUGAAACGAAAUAUCUGUAUGUUGUUAAAUAGGACUGAUUUUAUACAGACACUGUAAGUAUCACUCCACCUUUUUGAUACCAUAUGAAAAUCAUGAAAAGAGAAGAAACUGACCCUACUGAAGGACAAAAAUGAUGUAAUUACUCAACAGUAUUAAACACCACUGGCCUUAACUGACAAGGCAAUUCGACCAAUUAUCUUGGAUUGAGAAUGGUGAAUGCUUUGCCUUUCAUCCAUCAACUUGACAGAGUGGUGCAAACUAGGUUUUUUGCAUGUCAACACUUAGUUGGCAGUAUCAAACAUGCAUGAAAAAUUAUAAUUGUAAUUUACUUGUAUGCAGUUACAGCUUUUCUUGUAAAACACAUGAGCAGUCUUAAUAUUAUGAUUUCCAAUUGGUUCUUUGUUUUACAAUAAUUGUAACAUAGCACUGAUAUAUUUGGUACAUGAGUACAAGAAUGUAUUCUAUGUAGAGGACCCAGUUCACUGACCUUGCAUUUUUGCCAAUUUGACAUAUUUGCUUGUGGAUUUUUAGAAUGUUUUCAGUUUUGAGGGCCAUUACUGCUUGGUUUUUGAGCUGUUGAGACCUCGGCCAGUCCAUCAAUACUUUCAGGUUGGUUAAAUUAUAAACAGUUUAAUUUAGUAUUAUCAACUGAGCUGGUAACGUAAAUUGGCCUCUGUUAAGUGUUUCAAAGCUGAUGUUUCAAGCAUUAGCCCUCUGUCAAAGGGAAUGGUGAAGGGCUAACAUUCGAAAUGUCAGCUUUGAAACUCUUAAUGGUGGCUAAUUUAUGUUAUCAAUUCAGUUAAUAAUACCAAAUUACCUUUUCAUACUCUCCCACUGAUACAGUGCCACAGUUUGCUUUAGAAAUUUACUGGCUUUAUUGAAUUAUAAACAUGCUGUUAAGGAAUCCAUUGAGCUUUCCCUUUAAAUCAAUUGUUGUACUUUGUAGUUGUAUCUCUACUGAUGUAAGUAUUAUAUUUUAAAUCAUCUUCUUUACAGAAAUGUCAGUUUGAUAACGAGGUAAGAGUGUUUAAUGUAUUACCAUCUGUGCAUUGUAAGUUUUCAUUGUUAAAUUGAUUGUCAUCUUUGUUAACAACAUGAUUGAUUUAAUAUACAUAUUUUUGGCAAGAUCAUCAUCUAACCAUGUACAUUCUGUAAUAUCAGUCACUCAACAGUGUUUUCUUGAUUUUGUUUACCAACAGGAUGACAAACUGAAAGUCAUCAGGAAAAUAACUUUUCAAGUGAGCAAACCUUUUUUUAAAUUCUUAUAAAUACUUUUGAUUUAAUUUAUUUCAAAUACAAUUGCAUCAGUUUUCUUUUGUCAGCUAUAAGAACUUACAAAGACCAUUUAGUUAGACCAUAUAGUUUAGUUAAGACCAUAAAGUUAGCUUUAAUGAAGAUGAAACUUGUUAUGCAUCAAAUUUAUUGAAAUCAAAAUAAUAGUUUUUUUUAUCUAAUAAAUUGAUGUGGUUAUUUGCUUGUAGCUCUUACAAGCUCUUGGAUUCCUAAGGAGGUAAGAUUAUCAAUAGGUGUUCUUCUUAGACUCUCUAGAAUUACUCAUCUGUACCCACAAGUGGCUUCAUUUUAUUUCAUUGUUAAGGGAAUCUUCUCUUGCCCAUCUUUUGGUGAUGCCACCAUGUUGUUGCAGGUUGGAAGUGGGAUGUUUAUUCUGCAUUUUGGCAAAUAAAAGGGGAUCUUUUUCAAAGGGGAGUGAUCAUUUGAGAGGAGGGACUGAUUUCAGGAUUUUAUGUGCUUUGAUCUCAUUCAACUUUCCAUAUGAAUCCACAGACAGAAUGUCAUCCAUGCUGACUUGAAACCAGAGAACAUUCUUUUUGAAGAAGGUGAAGUGGGGUGUUUGCAACAAAUUGUCAAAAAAUUUGAUUUAACUUAAUGGACUUAAAAAGUCUUCCUUUUUAAAGAUAGUUGUAAUAUUUUGAUCUGGUUAAAUAUAAAUAACAGCUGUACAUAGCAUUUUGUAAGAAAAACAGACCAACAUUUUAUACAGAUUCUGAAGAUACGCUAUACAGUGGUCAGUGAAAGACUUAACUUUGAUGAAUACUCAGAGUUCAUAUCAGCUACAAUUAUUUGCCUAACAAAAAACAUCAUGAAUAUACCAUCCCAUUUUUGUUUCUGUCAUCAUGAUGGUGACUGGAUGCCUUGUAUAGGGCCCCAUGUCUUAGUUGCAAACAUUUUGAUGCAUGGGAGCUGUAGGUUUGGAAUUUAUGGACUAAACCUUUUAUGGACGUAACCUUUUUUACAUUGCUGACAGCCAACCUCCAUUGAGAGAUCUGGUUGUUAAUACACUGUAAUAAAACAACUUUUUGUACACUUAACAAUUUUAGUCACAGACCUGAAGGUGAACAGUGGUGGAUAUUUACCUCACUGCUUCGCAGCUUGGUGAAUAUCCACCACUUUCACUGACACUGACAGAAGUGAAUAAAUUUGUUAGUAUAUACCACAUAGAUACCAAAAAAUUAGUUUAUUUCUUUCAAUAUACCAAAAACUGGUCAGAAAUCAAACUCUUACAAUGUGAUUUUGUCUCACAGGCUGCAUGGAGGUGAAUAGUACUUAGUAUUCACUGAAUGGAACCAGCCAAUCAGCACAUGCAAAAAGCACUAUUUACUUGUUUGGUGUGUACUAAAAUUGUUUAUUAUAUUAACACACUGUAGGUGACGAAACCAAGAUAAAAGUUGUUGACUUUGGAAAUGCAAUUCACUGGGUUCAUAGAGAGGUACAUGUAAUUUCUAUUAUUUGGUGAUUUUAGUGACUUAAUUUUAAAUGUGUGCAGCUAGAUGCAUCAGAAUUGUUGUACUGCAGACUUUAUGAACCCUUUACACCCUAACAUCAAUAUGCAUAUUCUCUAUACUGCCAUCUAUGCCAUUUUGAUCACCAUGACAAGUGAAAAUAUAUUUGGUGACUUUUGCCAACAUUUUAGUCAUUUUAACAUUUUAGUUAAUUGGUGACUAACAGAUAAGAAAAAAGAAAAAAGAGGCAGCCAAAAAUUUUUAAAUGGUGACCAUUUUAAAUUUGAAGGUUGCCAAAAGGCAACUCUUUGGAAAAAUGAGCUUGGAGCUCUGUCAGCCACCAUUAGUAAUGACAUAUGAUAAUUAUUCAAAAUAUGUAAUUUAAUUCUUAUUUUCUUCUGUUUAAUUCUGUCAGGUUUCCUUGUAUUAUGAUGAGUUUGAACUACAAACUUUACUUUACAGAGCUCCUGAGGUAAAGUAAAGAUAUUGCUGUUUUCAUGAAUUGGGAGACAAAAUUAAUUUUACAUGUAGGUUACAUGCAUGCAACUCCAGUGUUUUCCUAAUCAAUCCAAGGGAAAUAAAGCGAGAUUAAACUAUUUUAUUUGGACUUGCAUGAACUGAAGUACUCUAUGAAAGAUGAUCAGUGAAGUUCUGCAGUUUUGUGUUUCAUAAAACAACUUAAUGUGGUUGGCCUGUUGCAGAUGGAAAAUUCUGUUCUGUGGUGACUAUCAUCUCAAGCAAUGUAUCAGAAAACAUAUUUCAAUUCACACAAUUAUUUUACCAUGAUUGUAUGUCAGGUGCAAAUAGAUGGGGGAUGUACAUAUUAGGGCUGUUUUUAAGUGGUUGUUGGACACUUGAAUUUUAAAGUUCAGUCUGUGGAAGAAGGUCCCACUAAAUGUUGUUUAAUGCAAUGAGGUACAGUGUCCUCCACUUAAUAAUGUUGAUGGCAGUCAGUUGAAACUGAAAGCACUGUGUCAAUUCUUUCCAGGUGAUGUUUGGUGUUCCCUUUGGCCCUGAGAUUGACAUUUGGUCUUUGGGAUGCAUUGUAGCUGAGGUUGGUUAAUUGACUUGUAUGUUCUCACCAUAAUUAAAAUAUCGUUAAUGAUUGUUAUACCAUCAGUCAGAGCUAAUAAGAGAUGAUACUUGGCAGUUUUAUGAUGGAUAUUUUUCUGUAAGGGGGGAGGAGAACUCACCCAGCCAUUAAUGUUACUGGUGAGGAAAUGAAAUAAUGUCCUUUUAAUAUGAACAUUGGUUUCAGUUGUAUAUAGGCAAACCUUUAUUUCUGGGAGGAAAUAGGACUAAAGUGUUGCAAGAGGUAUGUUUUUUUUUGUUUUUUUAUUAUUGGCACUUAUACAAGCUGUUUAUGACCUAAGGUAACUAAUACACUAAUAAGAAUGCAGUAACUGCCUUUCUGGCUACACUUUAUUUAGACUUCCUCUAUUUUGGGGAAGUGUGAAUACAAACAAAAUUGCAAUUAGCUUGCAAUUCUUGACCUUCUGGGUACUGUUCUUUGUAAGUUCAAUCAAUUUUUUCCAAUUCUUUUUCUUGCUUGGUUGCAGGUAACCAGUAUUCUUGGUCCCAUACCCUGGAGUCAAUUCCAUACUGGAAAAUGUUUUGAAGAUUUGUCACAGUUUAUAGGUCACCACAACUCAGCUAAAUUCAAGUUUAAGAUGAUUCAAAUGUAAUCAAGUUAUCUCAAACUUUUUUGGUAAUCCUUACUUAGUCCUCAACAUCAUUUAAAAGGUCUCUGCAAAUAUUUUAUAAAUCCAGGUACACAACUUAAAUAAACAAUUGAUUUAACCCUUUAACUCCUAAGAGUGACUAACAUCCAAUUUCUUCACACAACAUCACCCCUGAAUCAAACAUCAAGGUCAUGAGAAUAAAGGAGAUGAUCACCUACUAAAGAAGCUCUUGAUUGUUGAACAAAUUCUCCUUGUCAGAGCCUUAGGAAAUUUCUAGAGAGUAGUAUGGAGAAUAUGCAUACUGAUGUUAUGAAGUAAAGAGUUAAGAUACAUUAGCAAAAUAGCAAAAGACGACUUAUCCUUUGUAUGAGGGAGGAACCAUCGGAAAGAGAGCGAUGCUUAGAGGUGGUUCAAGUGAAAAUUUAAAAUAAUUCAUACAUGGGAAGAUUUCUGAAAAAAAACAUCAUGCACAAUGAGAUGUCCAGAAAAAAAGUAUCCUUUCAUUCACCUUUCCAACUCUUUCUGCUCCCAAAAAAUGAAUCAACAAAAACGUCCAUAAGUACAAUAAAUUUUUAUGGGAAAAAAUCCCACAUAGAAAAUACUGUAGGAAUCAACACAUGUAGGCUCUUUACUCACUUAAGACUUUUUUUUUUUUCAUUGCUUUUAGAGGACAAUCACCUGAAAUGUGUGACUAA